GUUGAAUCCCCCAAUUGUGAUGCGAACUUUGGGGAUUCCGCUGGGCAUUGGAUCUUUCAUACUGAGCGUCACAUUGACAUUGCGACUUGCGGAUGCGGGACGAACGCACUUCCAUUACCCCGAGCUUACAUCGAUGCUUUCUCUUUUGUCUCCGCCCAGUCUUUUAUCAACCCGACGUUCGACGUGAGACAGGCAGGAAGAAGAGGCGACACGAGGGACGAAGACCACGUCAGUCAUGGUACGCCUUACAAUAACUCCUUGCAUCACAGAGGGCCUGCAGAAGUUGGCUGAGGUCAGAUCGAACCGGGACAAGUCGGAAGGCUUGGACACGAAGACGAACACAGCAAUCCAGACGACGACGUCGGAUGCACCUUCGCCCUCUGCAGCGACGCCCGAAGCCGAGGAGCCCAGUCUUGAGAAGCCGAUUGUCGGUAACCCAAUUACGCACCGCCAGAUACUCGACCUAUUCAAGGAGUUGAGGAGUGAGGGUGUCGAUGGCUUCAGCCUGGAAGGACUGCUCCGAGGGGCCACGAUAUACAUCCCUCCGCCACCCCCAAAGCCAGAGCCUUCCGCCGAGUACAAGGCCCUUAUGGCUCGCCUGCGACGCGAAGAAGAGGAACGAACAUACCAACGCAUGAUGAAGCAGCCAUCUCGGAUGGAAAAGUUCUCUCAGCAAUUCCCCAGCGCCACCACGAGAGCCCAUGCGUUUGCUGAAGUAAAUCGCCCCAUGCGCGAGUCGGACAAUGGCGACGACGAGGCCACGCUCGGCGAUGUGCAGAAGCAGGUGAUGGUCAUUCUCAACUUUCUCAUCAGCAUUAUCGGCGUUGCCGCGACGAUAUGGAUCGCAGCCCGCUGGUGGAACAUUACCGCGCGCAUAUUCCUGACACUCGCCGGGUCCAUCCUCGUUCUCGUCGCAGAGGUCGCCGUCUACUCGGGCUACGUGUGGAGGCUGACGGAGGCCAAAACAAAUCGAAAGGAACCAGAAGAGAUCAAAGAGGUGAUGCAGACGUGGGUGUUGGGCAAAGACGAAGACGGCGGCGGCAAGCCGGGAGAAGAGCCGACAAUGCUCCUCAAUACCAAGACGCAGGACACAGAAGAGGGAAUACGGCGGCGAUUGAAGGGACUAUCAUAGUUGUUGACUCCACGAAAUGCGACAAGUAUUACGAGGUCCCCAUGCCAAGUCGACUUUUUGAGACUGAGCGCUUUUUUUGUUGCUCGAGUUGUCGAGCCUGUUCCAAACGGUGCGGCGGUGGCGUCGGGGACGGAUCUCAUUUGACCCACAACGAACGGCACCGGAUCCCCCGGCCCCAGAAGGGAUGCAUUCAAAAGGGACCCCGCCUGCCAGUGCUUGGAAGAGGAGGAGCAGAAACCACUGUGUCGAAGAAGACGACGGACAUGAUGACACGUGAUGACGCGGGUGAAUCUGUGCGACGCGCCUCGGACGCGUCUGGUUCCACGUCAUGAUUCGCGUGGCGCGCUUUUAUGGUGG